GCAACCAAAAGUGGAUCGUCGGCAACGGCCAGAUCAAGCACGCGACGCACCCAAACCUGUGCUUGGACGUCGAUCCGACCGACGCGAACUCGGCGGCGCAGGUCUGGACGUGCUAUGCCAACGCCAUCAACCAGCGCUUUAGCGUCGUCGCCUUCGAGUAG